UGAAUUACACAUGCAUUCAGAUUAUUCUACUGCAAAUUUGAAUACAUUUGAUCAGUUUAAUUAAGUGUUAUAAUUAAGUAACCAGACAACAUUGCUCACAUGCAAGCGCAUCCUUUGUUUAGAAGACCGGGAGCGGGUGCGUGCAACUGACCGAGGAUGGACUCGCCUACGCAGGGGUCCCACUGGCCUCCACUCGCGCUCUGUUUCCUGCUAUUGUGGAGCUCCGUGUGCGCUCGUGAGCCGGUCUGUCAGGAGAUCUCUGUGCCAUUGUGUAGAGGGAUCGGUUACAACUACACCUAUAUGCCCAACCAAUUCAACCACGACACCCAGGAUGAAGCUGGGCUCGAGGUGCACCAGUUCUGGCCCCUCGUGGAGAUCCAGUGUUCCCCGGACCUGCGCUUCUUUCUUUGCAGUCUCUACACGCCCAUAUGCCUCGAGGACUAUAAGAAGCCUUUGCCGCCGUGCAGGAGCGUGUGCGAACGGGCAAAAGCGGGAUGCGCGCCUCUGAUGAGGCAAUACGGUUUCCCGUGGCCGGACCGAAUGAGAUGCGAUCUUCUCCCUGUGCAGGGAGAUCCAAGCACUCUGUGUAUGGACUACAACAGGACUGAUGCUACAGCCUCACCAGCAGCUCCAAAACCAACCAGCCGACCGGGGAAACCAUACAACCGGAAAAAUAAAAGCAGUCUUGGAUCUACUUCAUGUGAACCGGAGUGUCACUGUCGUGCGCCUUUGGUGACCGUGAGCAGUGACCGUCAUCCGUUGUAUAACCGGGUAAAGACAGGGCAGAUCCCCAAUUGCGCAAUGCCAUGCCACAACCCGUAUCUUUCUCCGGAGGAAAGGACAUUUGCCACAUUCUGGAUCGGAGUUUGGUCGGUUUUGUGUUUCUUGUCCACCUUCUUCACAGUUGCCACUUUCCUAAUUGACAUCGAGAGGUUUAAAUACCCCGAGCGUCCGAUCAUUUUCCUGUCCGCCUGCUAUAUGUUCGUGUCCGUGGGGUACAUAAUCAGACUCAUCGCGGGCCACGAAAGAGUCGCGUGCAAUCGGGAUAACGAGAUGGACUAUAUCCAUUAUGAAACCACGGGUCCCGCGCUUUGCACGCUUGUAUUUGUUCUCAUCUAUUUUUUCGGGAUGGCGAGCGCUAUCUGGUGGGUGAUCCUGACGUUUACGUGGUUCCUCGCGGCAGGGAUGAAGUGGGGAAAUGAAGCGAUCGCACGAUACUCGCAGUAUUUUCACCUGGCCGCGUGGCUCAUCCCGAGCGUCAAAUCUAUCACCGCGCUCGCGCUGAGCUCGGUGGACGGGGACUCGGUUGCGGGAAUCUGCUACGUAGGCAACCAAAACUUGGAAAACCUGCGGGGAUUUGUGGUCGCGCCACUGGUGAUUUAUCUUUUUAUCGGAACAGUAUUUUUAUUCGCGGGCUUCGUGUCUUUGUUUCGGAUACGGAGCGUUAUUAAACAAGGAGGAACGAAAACGGACAAACUCGAGAGGUUGAUGAUUCGGAUCGGGGUAUUUACGGUCCUGCAUACGUUCGUUGCAAUGGUGAUUGUGGCUUGUUACGUUUACGAACAGCACAAUCGCGAAGCGUGGGAAAUCGCGCAUGCGUGUAACUGCCCGUCGGAUAAAAAAGCUCAGAAACCGGAUUACGCCGUGUUCAUGCUCAAGUAUUUCAUGUGCCUUUCGGUGGGGAUCACGUCGGGUGCGUGGACGUGGUCCGGUAAAACUUUGGACUCGUGGCGAGCCUUUUGCACGCGCCGCUGCUGCACCUGGGGCAGUAAAGGCACGAGCGGUUCGGUGUACAGUGACGCAAGCACGAGACUGACGUGGAGGUCCGGUACAGCAAGUUGGGUUUUGUGCGCUCCAAAACAAAUGCCACUGUCCCGAGUGUGAUAAAAGCGGAACUUCAUAAAAGACUUUGCAAACGGAUCAACUGCUGCUUUCCUGAAAUGAAAGAUGCCUUUUACCAGUAUUUGGUGAAUCAUAGCUCAUGCCUGUGUAUGAGAAUAUGAAUGUGCCUUAAAGUGCCAUACGGGUUUUUAUAUUUUCUUAUGUAUUUAUAUUUAAAAUGUUAUUGUUAAAACAACGACAUAGAAUGUUUAAAAUGUAUACAAGAUUGUGUGUAUUUAUCAUUUACUCUGACGGAAAACUAUUUUGACAAUAAAACACUAUGUGAGAUAUAACGUUUAUUAAU